GCGUCCUGUGUUUACGAGCGCGCGGCUCUGUGAGUUUGUGGCUCCUGAAGCUGAGUAAGCAGCGCAGCGAGGAAUCCCACUGCGCAGUGUGAGGAGGUGGGACACUGAAGACCUUCAGGUUUUUAUCGGCUGACCUCAAAUCGAAGUUGGGAAGUACUUUUUCUUCUUUUGCAACUGAGUGACUGUCUGAUCUCCUUGCCGAGGCCAGCUGACAGCUUCAGAUGAGCACUGAGGCGCUUGCACAUCUAAAAAUCCCCAUGGAUUUCGUUGGCGACUUUGACUUGAUGAAAUUCGGCGUAAAGAAGGAGACGAUGCAGAGUCUGGAUCGCGCCUUCGUCGGGCCGUGCAGCCAGCUCCAGAGGCCAGACUCCGUCUCCUCCACCCCUGGCACCACGCCGUGCAACUCGGUCCCCUCCUCUCCAAGCAUCAACCCGCACGAGCAGAGAAACCCUCCCGGGGGCGACCACUUCUGGAUGCACAACAACGGCGGAUACCCUCACCAGAUGUACCCCCAAGCGUUCGGCCUGACCCCCGAGGACGCGAUGGAGGCCCUCAUUGACGCGACGCAGCAGGGACACCCCACUGCGCCCCACAUCCACCACCCGCAGCCUUUCCAGGGUGACUACGAGGGCUACGCUCACCUGAACGAGCCCGUCCACCCUUACGCAGGCCUUCCCGGCCACCCCGACAUGCAGGGCAUCCCGAGCAGCCACUGCCAGGACGCCUAUCUCAAAGAUGAAAUCGGGUGCGAGUCCCCGGAGUCACCGGAGGCCCAGCAGGUCAGCGCGCACCACCCCCUCCAGCCGCCGCACCGGCGAGGCAACAGCGAGCUCCACUUCUCAGACGACCAGCUGGUGUCCAUGUCCGUCCGGGAGCUGAACCGGCUGCUGAGGGGCCUGAGCAAGGACGAGGUGAUGCGUCUGAAGCAGAAGCGGCGGACCUUGAAAAACAGAGGUUACGCGCAGUCCUGCCGCUACAAGCGGGUGCAGCAGAAACACAUCCUGGAGCACGAGAAGACCAGCCUGGUGUCACAGGUCGAGCAGCUGAAACACGAACUCAGCAGGCUGGUCCGGGAGAGGGACGCUUACAAACUCAAAUGCGAGAAACUGUCCGGGGCGAACUGUUACCACGAAACCGGCUCCACCAGUGACAACCCCUCAUCUCCCGAGUAUUUAAUAUGAGCAGAACUUGACCUUUUCCACAAAGAUCACGUUGAUUUCAUCCUCUUUUUUUCAAAAAUCAUCCAGAGAAAAGACUCAAAUGACAGCAAAGCAAGUUUUCAAACAUGCAUGCAGGACAUGUGUGAGAUGUUUUUAUUUUAUACAGUCAUAUCUGUAUUUUGUCUGACAGAAAUACUUGAAAUCAGAAUAUAUUUGCUUUUCUUAACAUACAUUUAACCUCUGCUUCAGCUCCUGAUUUUCAUUUUCAUGAUUUUUACCAAACAAAAAUUAGUUUUUUUUUAUAUCCAAAUCUCCCUUUCACUUGUAUGAAGCUGAUUCUGCUGGACAGACGUGUUAACUGUUUGCUUCUCUUUUACAAUCAUACAAAUAAGGCAGAUUUUUUUUAAAUCGAAUCUGUUUUUCAUUUAUUAUGAUUCAAUAAACCUAAUGUGACUUUUUAAA